UAGCCGAUUCGCUGCCGCUGUUCUUUGAAUUCGCCUAAUAUGCUUUGUAAUCAUUUUAAUGUUCUGGCAUCUCGGAUUGUCAAUCAAAAUACAGCUCUGUGUUUUUAGUGUCAUUGUAAAGCGACAGUGCACGUGCAGCAUUUGUUUUUAAAUUAUUUGCAAGUUUCAUUUGGAUAAAUUCGUAAAAAUGAAAAGAAAGCCACAACUGGAAGCUGAAACAGAUUCCGAAUAUUAUUCGGAUGACAAUUCGGACGAAGAGCUGCAAGAAGCGUUUGCUCGUGGUGACCUUAAGCCGGGCUUAAAUAUUGAGUUUAAUGCAGGAAAAGAGAAAGUCAACGAUAUACCCAAGCUGUUAUCAAAAGCUGAUGAAAUCAAAUUAGAUUUGCCAUGGGUAGAACGGAUGGAUAUGAUCAACGAUUUAGCACCGUUGGCACCAGAAUUAGUCAUACAAUUAGAAAAGCAUGAACAAAAGCGGGAAAAUAUGUUUAAAGGCAAUGCUAAAAUUCCAUAUGUACGUCCCGAGGAAGAUCCUGUGCUUAAUGAUUUCAAACGUGAAAUGCUAUUCCAUCGUCAAGCUCAAGCCGCAGUCUUAGAAGGUAUAAAACGUUUACAUGCAGCUGGUAUUGUUACACGUCGGCCAGAUGACUACUUUGCCGAAAUGGCUAAAUCAGAUGAACACAUGCAAAAAGUUCGAAAAAAUCUUAUGGCCAAACAGGAGGGUCAAGCAAAGUCAGAACGCAUUAAACAAAUUCGUGAACAGCGUAAAAUGGGCAAAUUGCUGGCUAAACAAACAAAAGUACAGAGAGAAAUGGAAAAGAAAGAUAUGCUAGACAAACUUAAAAAAUUCAGAAAGGGAAAGCUUAAAAAUCUGGAUUUUCUUGAGGAUGCCAAAGCUUUAGAAUCACAAAAGAAGAAAUCAGCAGAUAAACGUAAGCAGCGCAAUAAAAAAUUCGGGUUUGGUGGAAAAAAGAAGGGUCUGAAACGAAACACAAAAUCAUCGGCUGGCGGAUAUGAAAAGGUCAAAAAUUUCAGAAAAGGAUCAAAAGCGUCCAGCAGCGGUAGCAAGCGUCUCGGUAAAUCCCGCCGGGUUAAAGCUAAAUCAAAGAAGUAAAUUUUUUAGUAAUCUUAGGUAAGGCUUAUUAUAAAUAAAUAUUAAAAAAAAAAAUAAAAAGUAAUGUGUUACUAAUUUUUAUUAAUC